AUGAAGACAAGACCCCAAUUUAGAAUACAGACUCAAACCAUCUUGCCUUUUUUCCUGAACAGGGGCCUGUUCGGCAGCACCUUCAUCUUAAGCAACGUAUGUGCAUUGAUGGAGCUUACCUGGUGCCAAGAGAGUAGUGAGAGGCAUGGAAAUAAGGUGUGUGUGCAGAGAGAGCUCUGGAAGAAUGUUGCUUCAAGCCUAAGCAAUCUCAGUGGAAGUAUUUCUGUUUGCUCUAUGUUCCUCCUUGCAAUCUCUGCACCUAAUCUAAGUACCCGCACUCAGGAGAUGGAAGCAGAGGCGUAG